GAUGCAAGAAUUUUACGUGAUUGGGAAACAUGGAUGCAGGAGAAAACAACGAUUUUAGUUCGUCGUGAUGUACGUAAUACCAAUCUUAAUCUUCAUGAGGAGAUAAACACGUUGUCAUUAAGUAAGGAUGGGUCAUCGGCAAAAAACAUGAAAUCUAAUCCGGAUCUAGAUACGAGUGAAGAUCAAGAGGAAAAAGAUCAGGAAGAAGAGGAUAACGAUAUUGGUAAUAUUAACUUCAUGGAACGUAUAGAAGAAUUCAAGCCAAUGUCAUCAACCUGUCAACGUCCGUGGGUCCUCCGUAGUGGUACAAACGUAGGAGAUAAAUUGACAAGUUACAUCAAGACGAUUCCUGAGGCCCAAAAAUGUUUGAAGUAG